CAUGGGCCGGCGCGGCCGGCGCUGAGCGCCGGGAGGCAGCGCCCGGCGGCGCCCGGCUGCCGCGAUGAGCGGCGGGGAGGUGGUGUGCUCGGGCUGGCUCCGAAAGUCACCGCCGGAGAAGAAGUUACGGAGAUACGCAUGGAAGAAACGCUGGUUCGUCCUGCGCAGUGGUCGAAUGAGUGGUGACCCCGAUGUCCUGGAGUACUACAAAAAUGACCACUCCAAGAAACCUUUGCGUGUCAUCAACCUCAAUUUCUGCGAGCAGGUGGACGCAGGCCUCACCUUCAACAAGAAGGAGCUGCAAGACAGCUACAUCUUCGACAUCAAGACGAGUGACAGGACCUUCUACCUGGUGGCUGAGACUGAGGACGACAUGAACAAAUGGGUUCGCAGCAUCUGCCAGAUCUGUGGCUUCAACCAGUCCGAGGAGAACACAGACACCCUGAGGAGCAUCGCCUCCAUGAACCACGCCCCGCGCUCCUCCCCAGCAGAGCUCAGCAGUGCCAGCCACCACCUGCUGCGAGAGCGCAAGUCCUCAGCGCCGUCCCACUCCAGCCAGCCCACCCUGUUCACCUUCGACUCACCUGCCAGCCACCUCCAGAGCACCCUGUCUGCCAGUGCCCCCCAGGACUACCUUUUCCUCCACCAGUGUAUGAGCAGAAAGUCAGAAAACGCAAGGAGUGCCAGCUUCUCCCAAGCCACAAGGUCUGCCUUCUUUAUGCGGAGUGACACGGCAGUCCAGAAGCUCUCGCAGGGCAACGGGCACUGCAUGAACGGCGUUGGUGGGCAGCUCCACGGCUUUUACAGCCUGCCAAAACCCAGCCGGCACAACUCGGAGUUCAGGGACAGUGCCUACGACCUCCCACGCUCCUUUGGCUCCUACACCCACCCCAAGUCGAGCCUCACCAGCUCCGAAACUGAUAAUGAGGAGGUCUACACCUACAAGACUCCCAACAACACCCUAUGCAAGGAGUUUGGGGAGCUCUCCACGGACUCCUAUGACAUCCCUGCCACCCCACUUUCCAUCUACCAGAUCCCCAGGACAUUUACACUGGACAAGAACCACAAUGCUCUGGCCGUGGCCGCCAGCGACUCACCCGCUGCACCACCCCCACGGCCCCCGAAACCUGGGCAGACAGAGCCACGGUGGGGCAGUCCACCCCAGCGGCCCCAGCCUGGUGAAAAUUUAGGUCUCACCCCCAUGGCAGCCACCAUUCCCCGGAGAAACACGCUGCCAGCAGUGGAGAACAGCAGACUGCACCGAGCUUCUUCCUGUGAGACGUACGAGUACCCCCAGCACGGGGGCAGCAGCGCUGUGCAGUCAGUCGAGUCCAUGAACGAUGGCUACAACUCCUACCUGCAGGCCAAGGCAGCGGUGGCCCGCUCCCACAGCACCGACUCAGAGGACAACUACGUCCCCAUGAACCCUGGUUCCUCGCCCCUAAUCCACGCUGAGAAAGCCAACGACAAUGCCCAAAAUCUCUACAUCCCCAUGAGCCCUGGGCCGCAUCACUUUGACCUGGUGGGGUUGUCCUCAGCCACCCUUCCCGUGCAUAAAGGAGGAGCCGUGGCCCAGUGCCACAGACGGCUGAGCGAAAUCCAGCCCCCACCAGUCAACCGCAACCUCAAACCCGACCGAAAAGCAAAGCCAUCACCGCUGGACCUGAGGAACAACACUGUCAUUGAUGAACUUCCCUUCAAAUCGCCAGUCACAAAAUCCUGGUCCAGGCCAACCCAGACCUUCAACGCCGGCUCUCUGCAGUACUGUCGCCCUGUCUCCUCCCAGAGCAUCACCAGCACUGACUCGGGAGACAGCGAGGAGAACUACGUGGCGAUGCAAAACCCCAUUUCUGCUUCUCCUGUUCCUAGUGGUACCAACAGCCCAGCACCUAAAAAGAGUUCGGGGAGUGUGGAUUACCUGGCCCUGGACUUCCAGCCAAGCUCACCAGGGCCACACAGGAAGCCCUCCACCUCGUCGGUCGCCUCAGAUGAGAAGGUUGACUACGUGCAAGUGGACAAGGAGAAGACGCAGGCGCUGCAGAGCACCAUGCAGGAGUGGACUGAUGUGCGGCAGUCCUCGGAGCCUGCCAAGAGCACGAAGCAGUAGUGCCUGCGGCAGGCAGCGAGACAGGAAAAUGUCCUGUUGGUUUUCCCCAGCUGCGGCCCCGCUGGGCAGCCAUAUCCACUUGGGCUGGAUUUCUAAGACUUGUCUGUGGAGGGGAGGGGGUGUCAUUGUUUUUUUUUCUCUUAAAACAAAACAAAACUUAGUUUCAGGGGAAGACUUGGCAGAUACUGUUUGCCAGUGAUAAAGACCAACUAUGUUCGGUGGCUAGGUUUGUGCUUUAGCUGCUGGAUGCACUAUCCAGGAACUUUGACUUAGCAAUACCAGGUUUCACCCUACACAUCUUUUCCUAACAGCUAUUAAAGCCACCUUGUAUGUGCUAACACUGCAUCAUCUCUCCCCGUAUUCUUCCACAUCAUACCCUAAACCAUGCCCCGCAGGUUUGUAGCAUCUCCCAUAGGAUAUCCUUCCCCAGCUCUGAUUCUCCACUCCUUAUGGUUGUCCUCUUCUCUGCCUCUUCCCAGUCCCAAAACGGAGCAAGGACCAUUGCUUUUGAAAUCACUUUUGUUGUCCUGUCUCUUGUAAAUAAUAUGCUCAAAACCUCUGAGGGCUGUUCUCCUCCUGGCUGGACAGCCCCCGAGGUUUUGGUUGGGUUGUUAACCUUCAGGAGCUUGACAAGCAUCCAUACCAUCCCACUGAGCUCACUUAGGAGCCCAGAACUUGCCCCAUCAUACACACACAUACAUGCCGUCACAUGCUCACAUGAGUUUGUUGGGGUGUCUUCUGUUUAUAUUCCCCCAUCAUCUCUCAAAGUCAGUGGGCUAGAGAGAAUGGCUUUGGAAGGGGCUGGAGGGAUUGGCUUUGGAAGGCAGAAUUUAAGCACUGACCCACCGCCUGUCUAAAACCAAUUCCUGUGAGUCUGACCCUAAAACCCAAAAUUUGCCUUUUGUGGCACCAAAAGAAGCCCAUAGAGUGAGAAUCCUACAUCAUGGCCAUUGUGAGAAGCUCUGUGGUUGAGUAUGAGGGAGGCAGGGAGGCUCUGGAGACCCUGUGUAUGUGGACUGGCACAAGGAUGAGUGACAAGAAGGGAGUGGAAGGCUGCUGCAAGGACUGGGAGAAGGCAGGUGCUGUACUGCAGAGGUUGGGUGAGGAGGUCUGGUGGAAUGUUUCUCGGAAGAAAGAGGAGUAAUUGAAAUGUUGGUUGAUGAUGAGGUCAUAAGCUUGGGAAGAGGCUGAUCAGGAGAGUCAGGGCAGGGCGUUUCAGUAUGAGCUCUAAGGUAGCAUUGUGGUUGGUUUGUGGAGGGUGCAAAAGGCUGAACUGUUUUCCCCUCAUCUUCAGCAAUGUUUCUUCAACACAGAAGUGGGGCUUGCUGACAUUAAUGACCCUGUGCUCUAAUUAUGGGUGGGAGUCUGCUGUUGUCCCUUGCCAGGAUCCUUAACACAUCCAUUGGGAUCACUCACCAGGCAGCUGCUGAGCACAGAGAGAAGGACGAGACAGUUUAAUACAGAGAUAAUAAUUCAUGAUCUCAUGAAAACAGGAAGAACUAAUGAUUGCCAUGGAGCAGCCUGAUUGCCAGACAGCAAGCGCUGACACGAAUAAACAGGCUGACCGCAAACCAAGAGCCAAAUGAAGAAGACAUUAGAAAGAUUAGGUAAUAAUAUUUAUUAAAUAGCUGGAGCUAUUCUUUCUGCAAGCUGAACCUCUCCCAGUGCUGUGGGCUCUGUGUUCCAGUAACACCACCAAGUUAUAUUGAUUAUUAAUGCUUAAGCAUUAACACGUUUGCUUAAUCUUGGUCUGAGCUUGGAAAGGGCCAGGUGUGACCCACAUGGGGAUAGGAUACCAGUCCUUUAAGGGCUGUGUGCUGCUGUGUGCUGGUAAAAUAAGUCCUGAACUUCCAACACCAUUUUGUAUUUUCUUCUCAUGUGCCAUGAAAGGGAGGGAUGUUAAUGGAAAAGCUCUGACAACCCUGUUAAGACAUUGAAGUGUUGGACUUAUAUAGAAACAGUGAAGAAAAUAUCUAAAUGUUUAUGCUAAAAAUAGUAAUUACUAUUUUUAGAAGGGGAAAAACCCCAAAGCCUCAAAGGGCAAGAUUUAGCACAGUUAGAUGCUUUCUGAAGGUCAGGGGGUGUGUUGCAGCCUUCAAGGGCCAUUGGCCCCCUGCUGGGGGCUUGCACACUUGCCUGGUUGAGAUGACGAACUAAGACUAGAAUGCAGUAUUUCGUAUUUCUAUUGCCCCUUUCAUCUCUGCAUCUCAGGGGAGACUAAGCAUUGGGCUUGAUCCAGAGCCCACUAACGUGUGCAUUCACCCAUCUGGGAGAGAGCUCCCCAAAAAGAAUGUGACUCUGCUAGGAAGCUAAUUUUUUCCUAUUUCUUCUAAGCUGUUAGCUUUAGUGGAGAGAGGGAGAACACAGUGGGUUUAAAUGCAAUUUGCUGAGAGGGCACCCUGUGCUUCUGCACUGGGAGUAGGUGCAUCCAGUUCCCACUCCCACAUUUAAUCCAAGGCAUUAAUUAAGACUGGAAAAGCCUUUUGUGGUACUGGAGAAACUAGUCCUUUUUCUCCACGCUUCACAAAUGUCUUUGUUCUUGGGGCAACCACUAGCAUGGGAUAGCUCUUUUCCCAGGCUCACACACUGUGUUUUGGUAAUUUGCUCUCAUGAAUAUCCCCAGUAACUGGUCCAUUGCAUUUGGCAGACUACAGACCAAAACAGCCCAAAAGUAGCUACUUAACAACUGCUGGUUGCUGGCCUCUCUCUGCUUUGCAGUGAAUUCUGUGUUUUCACUGAAACAGAUACAUUCCUCUAGCAUUUCCCCUGCAAAGCACCAAGCAAACCACACCACCAAACUAAACAGAAGCCUACAGACUCUGUGCCAUAUAGACAUGACUGUAUCAACUCCCCCUGAAAGCAUUAAGUAAUCAAUGGCUUCAGUGGAAAUAGUCACCCAUGAUGAUUGCCAAGCUGAUUACAGCAGUCCCUGGUGAUUAAUGUUUGUGCAGUAUUUAGUCUUAAACCAUAUUGAAAAGCAGCUGCUUUAAUUACACAGACUGCCAAGAACUUUGUCCUGAAGGCAUUGAGUUUAUCACAUCCACUUUGUACUUGGAUUCUCAAGUAUGACAGACUCCUUUGUUAGAAAUAGGUAUUUAAGGAAACUGAGAACAUUGCAAAUUAUUCAUUUUAAUUGAAAUUAAACUGGCUUGAGCCUUCACGUCAGAGCCUGCUUACAGCUCUGUGGUCUGAUUUAGAAAAGGGAUGUGCUUGCAUGUGUGUGUCUCAUGAAGAAGGGUUGUCUCUGGGACAAGCAUCAUGACCUCAAUAUUUAGUUUCAUGAAGCACCAGGUCCAUGGCUCAGAGCUUUUCCCAAGCUUGAAUGGGUUUUGAAGAUGGUUUUAAAGGCAAAAGUCUCCAAAAGUAUGUAUCCCUUGCUGUGAGUGUGCAAAUGCUGCUCACCAUUCCUGAUGAGAUGUGUGAGCUGCCUUGGAGCCGAUUUGCUCUGAACUGGCAUUUGAGUGUUCAGUGGGAAAUACAUUUCCAGCUCUAAAUGGAUGCCAGGCUUAGGCUUAGUCUCAAGUUGGCGAAAGAAAAUAAUGUGUGAGCAUAGACUGUGCCAGGGCAAAGCUGAGAGUCUGGCAGAUGGGGCCAAAUGCAGAGUCGGAAACAAAAGGUGGGGAAGGCUUGGUUUGUCUGGGAGCUAACUGGGAUGGAUUUGAACACUGGGCCACCAGCCACUGGCAAGGGUGAGAUAUGGGAGAACAUGAGGCUGGGACGAGAGAAAGCAGGGAGGUUUACCAUUUACCAUUAAGGUUCUCACCAUGUGCUCCUUUGGCCUGAGUCUCGAGUCAGGUAUGCAGAGAUUGUGGGUUGUGGAAUGCUCAGUAAAAGCCAUGCACUGGUGGGAGUGGAGCUUCCACCACUCUUGGGCAUUUCAGUCUCAAAGGGUUUAUCCUACCAAUGUGAUGCCUGUGCUCUGGUGUUCAGGCAUGCUUGGUCCAUUCACCCAGCUCUGAGCUGGGCUGGAGAAACCCUACAAGAAAUGUGUGGAGACCAGCACAUACUGGGAGACAUCUUGCUGAGGGGCUUCUGUGAGCUGUUCAUAGGGCAGCAGUGCCAUGGUUUUACAGGGUUGUCCCUUGAGGUGCCAUCUUCAUCCUUGGAGCUUUUCAAGACCAAUCUACGUCAGAUAGCUGACCCUGCUUGGAGCAUCUCUUUCACACUGAGACCCUGUGCUGCCAGGGUUGAGUGGAGACUCCUCCAUGUGAGGGAAGGGGCCCAAGGGUUUGCCUAGAGCCCUAUGACAUCCAAAACAGGGACAGGGCCACUUCUCUGGCCAUGAAGCCAAGUGUCAAGGCACACAACUCAACCCCUAAGGCCAUACUCCCCAGUGAGAAGACCUAAUCCACACUGGGCCAUCCCUUGCACCUGGGAGAGAGCUGGCUGGCCCAGAACAAGUCAUCCAGGACAUGGACAGGCUGUUCCAGCAACUGGGAGACAGCUUGAAUCUGUAAAUUUGUUAGGCUAGAUCCAGAGCUCUCAGAAAACCCAUGCCACCACCACACCUUGGCAUACCAGGAAGAGUAGGUUUGUUUUGGCUAUCCAAUGAUCAUAGCUCCUUGGGUGGGGAGGAGGGUACAGCCAUGUCCAGGUCCUAUGGAAGAUGUUAAAAUAGUUCCCAGGUCCUGUCUGAUCUUUCUGGCCUAGGAGGCAAGUAAAAGGAUGGUUUUCUCAAGUUGUGCUUGCACUGUGUUGGUGUUUUCCCACCUGGUUAUGUAAAAGUUCCAUUCCAUGUAAAAGCUGACACCCACACUGUGCGUGCCACUGGAGGGGAUGCUGUCUAGAUGAGAUGGAUGCAGUGGAGCUGUGAUUAUGGAGAAGCCCUAGUUCUACAGGAAGGGGGAAUGGCAAAACCUAAUCCUGGCACCAGCCAGAGAACACACAUGGCUGUCAAAGAGCCAUCAAGGAAAUCAGAGGAACCAGUCCAGCAUCAAAUCACAAAGGCCAAUAACCCAAUUUAGGGCCUCUGAUGAGUCUGUCUCUUCUCUGUCCAGCCUUCCCACAUGUACACAAUGAUCUUGCAGCUGUUAAUGAGCAAGUCAAGAUGUGUAUUUUUUGAUCGUGAUUCCUCCUUGACCAGGAGCAGUUCAGCCCUCUAUCAGCCUGUCCUUGGUGUCUCAUCAUUGUAGUCACAAUUUUAUCUCCUUGUUCACAACUCCUAGUGUUGUUCUGUUGAUCAGGUUGAUGAUUUAGUGUUUACUCUUGAGAAAAGUUGAUAUGUAGCAAGGUGUCACAAUACAGCUGUCCCCUUCCAGCCCACGGCCAGCUGGUCCUGGUACGUGGUGUUCAAGUUUUAACACCAGCCAGUAACAUCUGAAACAGAAGCUGGGCCCCAUGGCUACAUCUCUAAAAAAGCUUCUCAACAGACUUGCUCCAAAUCAGCAGGCUCUUAAUUUUUGAUGCAGCCCAUUUCUAACAUAUAAUGGAUUCAUUUGUAGGCCAGUGGGUUGACCAUAUGGGAGAGGUUUGCCCCAAGACCAGGAGAUAAGAAACCAUCAUUUUUAUUGUCAUUCUCUGGGUGACACCACACUGUAACUUCAUGUGGGACGAGAGGGUUCACGUGAACUCUGUAUCCUGCUUUUUCUCCGGCUUGUAAAAUGAAGGUUUUUAGUACUUAUUUCCCCACCUCACAGAUGUGUCAUGAGCUGUAAUUAGUUGACAUCUAAUAAUGCAAAGAGCUGUUUUGAGUCUGCAGGCAAUGGCUGGGCAGCAUGUGGUGCUACCCUGUUGUCAUGCCCAGCAUCAUACACAGCACUGGAACAUCCCACUCUGCAAAACUCAUUAAAAACCUCUUCUUCCUUAAUUACCUGAGGUGAAAAAAAACUUGGCAGGAUCUUCUUCUGAGUGAGGGUGGUGGGGGAAAUACCAUUUGCACAGUUUUCAGUGUUCUGCUGCCACAUUGACCCUGAAAAUACCAUGUUUUGUAUGAGAGCAGUUUGGACGUGGAGGUUGAACCACGUUGCAGAGAAGGGAAGGGAGCAGGACCCUGGGCUCCACAGGGAGCCUGUCGAUGAAUCCCAUAGGGUUAGGACCAAACCUUUAGAGUAGUUAGAUCCCACUCAACCCCGCCCUUGGCAAAGUCAACAUGUCCACACUGACUUGGGGCAUCAUUGUGUGGGAACAGACCCAGUCAAAUUAGCGUAGUUUUCUCCAUUUGUUUAUUAACCUGCUGCGAGGAGGGGUUGGAGCCCCAGCUGUGAAGCUGUUGCGUCAGCAGCCGAUUCGCAGGGAUGUUUUGUGUGUUUCAAAGCCUAUGACUGUUCUUAAAGAGGAGUAUUUUUAAUUUUUUGAUUUCCAUUUGUAGAAGGAAGGACAAGAGUAAUCUGUGGCAAACUGUACAGUAUGUGUCUUCUUGUGGUGUCACUGUUUGAAUGGUUAUUGAGUUUUCAAAUCACUGUGGACAGCUAAUCACUUAAGUUAUUAAUUUAUUCUUUGGGGGGUUGUUGUUUGGUUUUUUUUUAAAGUAAUUUGAAACAAUUAUUUAUCCUGUAAAUCAGUCUUGAGUGAAGCCUAGAUAAUACUUUUUUUGCUGUUAAUAAACAUGGUACAUGCCUGACGUGAAGGUGAUCUCAUUUUUAAGUACUGUAUAUGCAACGGAAAAGCAACAGGAAAAUAAAAGAAUGAUAAUAAAAAUA